AUGAAGCCGCCCCCGUCUACGCCAACGCCUCGGCGUUUUUUGGCGAAGCGAGCGGCGUCGUCACAGCUUUCGCACCCGACGCCCACGCCGAUGCGCUUCCAGUCCACGCCGCGCUUCGGCUCGACGCAGAGCGCGACGCGGCAGAUGGAGGUUGUCGAGGAGAUUGACGCCGCGACAUCGCAGUCGCAGUCGCAGAGCAGCGCGACCGAGCAGCCGCGCUCCGAUGGACGAGAUAUUGCAUCAGACUCGAUCGAAGUGGACUCUUAUGCGGACAGCCUGGCGUCGCAGGGGGAGCUGCGCAGCAGCGGGAGCAGUGAGCAUGAGACGGACGAGGAUGAGAGCGGUGAUGAAAGACGACAAAGAGGCUACGUGAGUGACGUCAAUGAAGAUGCGGAGGAUGAGGGGUUGGGGGCGCCUGCGCAAAACAUGUACGAGGAUGCUGGUUCGCCGCCGCCUGUGAAGAGGCGCAGAUUGUCGGCUUCAGCGUCGCCAACGAGACAACACAUGGUCACCGCGUACGGUUCAAACGCGGGACACUACGAAACGCAUUCUGGAUCGGAACAGGAAUACGAAGAGCACGACGUGCAGGACAAGACAAGGACACGCGCCUCCGCGCAACAGCCAACUUUCCAGCCUGCGCCGCGCUUCAAGGCUCCCGAGGACGAGCUUCCUGGCCACGAUCAGGGCGUCCCCACGAGCGCUCUGAUCGCCGCACCCUUCUCACCCCAGCGCCGAGGUGCACGGUAUGUCCCUGGGGGUCUCGCCGCGCAGCUGCAGGGCCUGCUGUCCCAGAUCAAGGGUUCGGAGACGCUCGGCGGCGCAGGCGACGGGGCUGUGGUUCGGCUCUCGGUGGACGAGAUUGGCCUGGGCACGCGGAUGCACCUCGUCCAGGGCAGAUUGCUCUCGCGGGGUGCGGAGGCGGAACACGAGGGCGUUGUGCGCAGGUACAUCCUCGCGGGAGGCGAAGGAGGAGGAGGCGCGCUGGUCAAGGAGGGCAGCGUGCUGAGGAUCAUGGCGGCGCCGGCGUGGGAGGUGCAUUUAGGAGAGGAGUGGACGGUGGCGUGCGAGUGGUGUGUUGAGUCUUUGGAGGGCUAA